AUGCCCUCUGCCUCGAGCGCCUCCUCCUCCCACUCCAGCGCCGCCGCUACCCUCGGCCCCCUCUCUCUAUCCAGUGAUGUCGCCUCUCCUCCCCUGUACGUGCGCCACCGCCCCUCCGCCUCCUCCUACCUGUCACCGUCUCGCCGCUGCAGCCGUCCCCAAGGCUUUCAACAAUUACAGUCAGGGCAGUCUUCUAAUUGUAUCAGCAACAUAUACUGCACCGUGGACCACCGGGUCAAGAACUCCAGCUUGGAAAAGUACCUUUACCAUGCACUAUGCAAUGACAGCUACCCAAAUGCUAAGAAUAACAGGUUCCUAUUUGCUGUUGAAAUCUCAGAAGAAAUUUAUGGAAGGUUUGUCUAUCAUUUCCAAUUUAUAUUCGCAGGAUCAGCUGAAACAGCAAGGCUUGGGCAAGCAAAAGAAGAGACAGAGAGAGAUAGCCGAGCAUCAUGCCAAACGGAGGCCGAUUUCCAAGGAAGCUCACUAAGGGCUUUUGAUCAUUUAUAUUCUUGGCAUUUCCACUUCCAGACCAGCAGUGACUCUGGCGCAAACGUCAAACGCCUUGAGCAAGAGACGAACAUAAAGAUCGAACAGCUGAAGCAGCAGAUGCUGGAACAUGCUUCCGUUUUCCUGACUCGUAUAGCAGAAUCGUUUGCUUCAUCUCCAGAGAAACUGGAUCAAUUGUGCAACCAUGGAUAG